GUGUAAUGUAAAACGGCGUGUUUAUAAAAACGGCGUCGUACGCGUUUUCGUAUUCAUUCGAAGCGCAACCACUUCUCCGUGCGGUCGUAUCGCGGCCACUUUGUUGUUUUAUUUCUCUAUAAUAUAGUGAAUUCGAAUUUCGACCAAGCCCGCCGAUCACAAUGGCUCGCACAAAGCAGACCGCUCGCAAGUCCACCGGUGGAAAGGCGCCGAGGAAGCAGCUCGCCACCAAAGCGGCCCGCAAGAGUGCGCCCGCAACCGGUGGCGUGAAGAAGCCCCAUCGCUACAGGCCCGGCACGGUUGCUCUGCGUGAGAUUCGUCGCUACCAGAAGAGCACUGAGCUACUGAUCCGCAAGUUGCCGUUCCAACGUCUCGUCCGUGAGAUAGCGCAGGACUUCAAGACUGACCUCCGCUUCCAGAGCUCGGCCGUCAUGGCCCUGCAGGAGGCGAGCGAAGCGUACCUCGUAGGUCUAUUUGAAGACACCAAUCUGUGCACAGUCGGCGAUAUGACAGGCCGCGGUAAAGGAGGCAAGGGGCUCGGAAAAGGUGGCGCUAAGCGGCACAGGAAGGUGCUCCGUGACAACAUCCAGGGUAUCACGAAGCCCGCGAUCCGUCGUCUCGCUCGCAGGGGUGGCGUCAAGCGUAUAUCCGGUUUGAUAUACGAAGAGACGCGCGGCGUUCUCAAGGUAUUCCUCGAGAACGUGAUCCGCGACGCCGUCACUUACACCGAGCACGCAAAGAGGAAGACCGUCACCGCAAUGGACGUCGUGUACGCGCUGAAACGUCAGGGACGUACCCUCUACGGAUUCGGCGGUUAAUUGUUUUUACAUAGUAAUUGUGUUACUUCAAAGAUCGUCCGUCCGUUCGUACGUACGUCAAUUCUUCCAUACAAUCGAUUCGGCCUUUAAUACUUCUUGGUACGAAUAAAGAUGGGCGUACGAUCACCACGGCGAUGAUUUUGAAACAAACAAAUUAACUACAAAAAGGCCCUUUUCAGGGCCGCAAA